UUGUUAGUGGCAGUGAAGCCCGUGCGGAGGUGCAGGAGGAGCGCCAGCGGACCGUCGUGCAGUUUCUUACCAGGCCUCGGAGUGUGUAGCCCGGCGGCAGCCAUGGUUCAGACGUGCUCAGCGUACGGCUGUAAGAACCGCUACCAUAAAGACAAAGACAUUUCUUUUCACAAGUUUCCUUUGGCUCGCCCAGAUGUUUGUGGUAAAUGGGUGGCGGCUAUGAGGAGGAACAACUUCAAGCCGACGAAGUACAGCAACAUUUGCUCACAGCACUUCACCAAAGACUGCUUCAAGAGAGAGUGCAACAACCGAGUUCUGAACGAGAACGCCGUGCCGUCGCUCUUCGCCUGCAACCUCAACAUCAAGUCGGAGUCUCUGGAGGAUCCUUUCACCUCGGAUAUCCACUUCCCUCUCUCUCUGCCUCUGACCUCAGACCCAGCAGUGGAAGAGGAAGAGGAGGGGGAGCCCGGGAGGUGCCUGCCUGAGAUCUGGUGUGACAAGGUGGCAGUUUCCUGUGACCACAACUACACAGCAGAGGACUCCGCUCGGCAGAAAAAGCGCAUUGAGCAGCUGGAGGAGCAGCUGGGGAGUCUGAGGAAGAAGCUGAAGACGACUCAGCAGAAAUGCCGACGACAGGAGAGACAGUUGAAGAUGCUGAAGGCAGCGUGCGAGACGCCUAGGACCGGCCGCCAGCCGCCUGCAACUUUCGGAGAGGGAUACGUGAUUCUACCCAAACACAUCUACCACACACUCAAAGGCAUCAAGUAACCAUGAACUAAUGAAAAGGAGAUGUGGUCAAAAUGAAAGGCAGAUAAAACUGUCAGCAGCAGGAGACAGUCGCAGAUCUUCCUAGCCAGCAGCGCAGCCCUGAGUCCAGACAGGAAGGGCUCCGUAAGAAUGCAGGAAGCAGGAAACUCGGAAUUGGUCGGUACAACAACUACUUACAUAUUCUUCGUGUUAGGGCUGCACUGAAAUUGCUUUAACCCUUGUGUUGGCUUACUUUUUAAUUGUUGUCCUCCCGGUUUGACUAUUUACAUAGCAUAGAGCGUAUAAAUAAUCACCCAAAUCUAUGUUACACCUUUUAAGGCAACUUCAUAUCUACUUAUUGCGUUUUACUCUUCUUUUUUAAAUGUAUGGUCAAUACACCUAAUUUACACACAAUUAAACCUAAAACCGAAUUUGAAUAAACUCGGAUUCUUCAAGAAAUAGUCCACCAUGUUACUCCCCCUGAAAAAAACAAGAAUUGUGACUUUAAUUUCUAUCCUAUUUAUGUUUUUUGAGGAAUUCCUCCUAAAAAGGAGUGUAACAAAAGGUUAAUUUGUAAUAUUUUUCUAUGAUUUACUUCUUUCUGUGUUUUUUUUUUUCCUCACAUAAAAACAAUACAGAAACA